ACUUGACAGCAUGAAUGACAUUGCGAUUGGUCUCGUGAUUGUAGUUGAGCAAUGAAAUGUUUUUUGCCACAUUUUAGCUUAAAAGAAAAUGUAUGAACAUUCUGUUAAAGUGCCGAGACAUUACAAGGUUGCUGCUAAUAUUGUUAAGAAAGUGUCAACUGAAGGCGGUAGCGUUAAAACAUUGUUGUAUGACGAAAAACUUCGUCACUUUAGAAUUAAUGUGCUGUAUGCAUUAAUAACAGAAACAAUCAAACAUGCUGCUGAUAUAGACAAAUUGUUUGAAAGUAGUGGACUUCCCACAAAUGAGCCGCGCCUAGACCCCUGGCUAGCGAAAGUUUUAACGACAGAAUUGUUGUUUGGCAAAAAGGCUCUCCCAGGGAAAAGCAAGCCUGAACAAACUAUACUGUCUUACAAAGAGAAAUUCGAAAAUUACACUGCUGAUCAUCCUGAAGAUGCAAAAACAGAAGCUGUCCGCAGACCACGCUACGUUCGCAUCAACACCAACCUCCUGACCACCUCGGAUGCCAUAGGAGCCUUCCAAGAUGAAGAGUACCGCUUCGUGAGAUGCACGUCUGGCUCUUACAAUGAUUAUCUUGAACAGAUAAAGGGCUUGGGCAAAUACGACUUUACACAGGACUAUCAUGUGAAGACGGUGUUUGUGUUCUCUGCGGGGACCAAGCUGCAUGAACAUGAGCUGUAUAUGGAAUACAAGAUCAUAUUGCAGGAUAAGGCAACAGCACUGGCGGUACAUUUACUGGCCCCACCUUCCGGUAGCAUAGCCAUCGACAUGUGCGCGGCGCCCGGCAUGAAGACCACGCAGCUCGCUGCCUACAUGAGGAACGAAGGUAAAAUCUAUGCUGUAGAGCAACACGAACAGAGAUACAAGACUCUAUGCGACUUCGUAGAGAAGACCGGGUCCAAAUGCGUGGAGACCAUUAAUAAAGAUGCCCUAGCAAUAAGGAAGGGAGACUAUGAUGACGUCCAGUACAUCCUUCUGGACCCUAGCUGUUCUGGAUCAGGCAUGGAACUCUGCGUACACAACUACAUCGAAGCCACCCGUCUAGCCAAACUGACGUCUCUACAAGAGAAAUUCCUCAAGCAUGCCAUGAACGCGUUCCCCAACGCCAAGAGAAUAGUCUAUAGCACUUGCUCCCUCUUUCCCGAAGAGAAUGAAAGAGUCGUCACUAAUGUAGUAAGAACUUCAAGAUCUAAGUGGAGGGUGCAAGACGUAAAGGAACUACUAAAAGGACAAUGGAAUAACUUUGGAUCUGGAAUGUAUGGAAGCAUUGGUACUAAAUGUUUGUAUGCUAAACCGGAUAGUGAUUACACUACAGGAUUUUUCUUAGCUGUGCUGGAUAGAGAUCAAAAAGAUUUUGAGAGGAAAGCUAAUAAAGAAAAGGAAGGUAAAGAAAAGAGAAAAGUAAAUAAUGAAGAUGAUAGUGAAGCCACUGAAGAUACAAAUAAAAAGAAACAUAAAACAAUUAAGAAAACAGAUGAGGCAAAUGAAGAUAAUAACGAAAUUAUUUUCAACAGAGAAAAAAAGAAAAAUAAGAAGACACGUGAGAGUCAUGAAAACGAUGAGCAGAAAAAUGAUCAUAAUGAAUCUGAAAUAACAACAAAUGCAGAAAAUGAACAUGUGACGAAGAAAAAGAAAAAGCGGAAACAUGACAGGCAUAAAAAUGAUGGACAGAGCAAUGAUAAUGUUGUCAACGAAUCUGAAAUAACAAUAAAUGCAGAAGGUAAUGAAGAUAUACCCAAGAAAAAGAAGAAACGGAAAUCUGAGAGUGAUAAAAACUAUGAGCAGAACAAUGAAAAUGUUAUUAAUGAAUCCGAAAUGAUAAAUACAGAUGGUCCUGACGAUGUACUGAAGAAAAAGAACAAGAAAAAACAUAAACAUCAAAAUGAAAUGAAUGAAGAGUCUUUAGAAAAUGGCGAUACUGGAAAUAAAGUUAAGGAAAAUAAAAUGAAGAAGAAAAGGGAUAAAGCUUUGCAAGAGGCCGAGUUAAAACUUUCUCUAUCUUUUAAUGAAACAUUACAAUAUUAAAACCUCUGUUCUAACGUCUGUUGUUGAUACGUUAAUUACUCUCUUUGCAUCUUGCUCACACCAUGUACCUACGAGCGAUAUGCAGAGGCGAUAACAACAUGAGAUCAAUUUGUAAGUUCGAAUCGGCCUUCUGCUACGCGACACACCAUGGAUACUGAAUCUGUUACAGCACAUUUUGUACUAAAACUUGUAUGUUUUAUUAAAUAAAUUGACAAACCCUUUUA